CAACAAAAACAAAUCUUUAAAAAUAAAGUUAAUACAAUAAGUGAAAGGAAUUCAUUCUACACAUUUUUCAAAGGUCUAGGUGAAAGUGCAAUUCUUGUUUUGGAUCGCGUGGAUGUCUACUUUUUUCUGAAAUUUGAAAAUGAUUCAUGUAAGCAUUUCAACUAUUCUGUGGUGCGAUUGCUAUCAUUUCUGAGCUACUCCUUAUUCAGGCACUACUGAAGACAGCUAUAGACAAAGCCCACGGUUUCACGUGGGGUGAUGAAGUUACUGUAGCUGCUUUAAAUUAGAGGAAAAAACAAGUCUAUUACUGGUAAAUACUGGGACAGAUGCAUUGACCGACACAAAAGAACGGAUUGAAGACAGCGCUGAAGUAAUUUACAUGGAAUUAAUUAUGGUGUCAUUCGGCAAGGGAGACACACGCAUAACGUACGGCGGUAUGGAGUCCAGUACCGGUAUACUAAAUGAUUCAAAAUAAUGUCUGAGUGACACUGAAUUUAAAUUUCACAACUUUUAAAAUACUGUUUUGGGUGGGGAGAAGAACGAAAGAAAGAAAAGAAAAGCUAGACAAGUGCAACAAGACGCGCGCAGUGACAGCUAAGGGUUAUCAAAAAAAAAGUUUAUUUGUAAACAUAGCAAUAAGGAUUCAGCGAUGAAGAACAGAGGCGGUUACGUAGACAACAGGCUCAAGCAGCGAGUCAAACAGUAUUUGAGGAACAGCACCAGCCCGUUUACAGACAUGUCCGUCAUGGCAGCUGAUCUGCAGAGAAUGUACAGAACAGACUAUGGACGGCGGAAAAGAAAUGCUUUCAGGAUCCAGUUAGAGAAAGUGCACACAGUGUUAUGCACCGAGUCUGACCUUUCAGCCUUAGAGGGGGAACACCUGGCUAAAAGGGCAAGGCAUAGCCAAGGAGCUGAUGGGGAGGAAGACAGCUUCAUGGAGGACUCCACAGACAAUGAUGAUCAGCCUGAAUACCCGCCCACCAAUCACAUGAACAACUCCCUGAUGUCCCUGUACCAGAAGGGAGCUCCGGAUUCUGUGUCUCUACCAAAAGAUCAGCCAGCACCCAGCAGCACGCCCUCCAAGACACCGGGGGGCACCAGGGUCUCGCAGGGCGGCUGGUUCAUCGAUCUGGAAACUCAGGAGGCACCCAACUCUGAGAAGUCCCUUCUGGAAACAGAUACAAAGAAAAAAGGGAAGAUGAAGCAAGGAAAGAGAAGAAAAGAGGGUGAGGCCAGGGAAAUAGAUGGAGAGAUCGAAUCCAGUAUAAUGAACAAGAAAGACAAGCUCAAAGCUCCAGAGCUGCAGUACUCCACUGUGAAGUUUGAAGAUGUAGGAGGCAACGAAGAGACCAUAAAGGAGGUGUGCAAGAUGCUAAUUCACAUGCACCACCCUGAAGUGUACCAGCAGCUGGGGGUGGUCCCGCCCCGGGGGUUCCUCCUCCAUGGGCCGCCAGGCUGCGGGAAGACUCUGCUCGCUCAGGCCAUCGCGGGGGAGAUGGAGCUGCCAAUGUUGAAGGUCGCUGCCACAGAGAUGGUGUCAGGUGUUUCAGGAGAAUCUGAGCAGAAGCUAAGGGAGCUCUUUGAUCAAGCUGUGACCAGUGCUCCGUGCAUCCUGUUCAUUGAUGAAAUUGACGCCAUCACCCCAAAACGAGAAGUGGCGUCGAAGGACAUGGAGCGACGAAUGGUGGCUCAGCUCCUAACCUGCAUGGAUGAUCUCAAUGCUCUUGCAGCCACGGCACAGGUCAUGGUUAUUGGAGCCACGAACCGACCAGACUCUCUUGACCCGGCACUGAGGCGAGCUGGACGCUUUGACAGGGAGAUCUGCCUGGGGAUCCCCGACGAAGGAGCCAGAGUGAGAAUCCUGCGAACACUAUGUCGGAAGCUGAAGCUCCCAGAAUCCUUUGACUUUCAGCAGCUGGCCCACCUGACUCCAGGUUACGUCGGUGCGGACCUGAUGGCCCUGUGCCGGGAGGCGGCCAUGAGCGCGGUGAACCGAGUCCUUAUUGAGGUGCAGGAGCAGAGCAGUCAGGCAGCAGCAGCGGGGAGGCAGCCUGACCUCUUUAGCACAGAGCCAGUGGAGCCAGAGCGACCCGUUGUCCCAAAUCAGCAACCAGAAACCACAGAAGAGCCCAUCCUAUCUACCUCUCCGGUCCGGCAGACAGAGCUGCGCAGGCUGCUGGGGCUGCUGAAGGAGCACACCCCCCUUUCAGAGGAGCAGCUGGAGAAGUUGCGCAUCGAGAUGGAGGAUUUCACUGGCUCACUGUGCAGCAUCCAGCCGUCCGCCAAGAGGGAAGGUUUUGCCACCGUCCCUGACGUCACGUGGGCCGACAUCGGUGCCCUGGAGGAGAUCCGCCAAGAGCUCACCAUGGCCAUCUUGGCUCCUGUUCGCAAUCCCGACCAGUUUAAAGCUCUGGGUCUCACUGCACCAGCUGGGGUGCUUCUUGCUGGGCCCCCAGGCUGUGGUAAAACCCUGCUUGCUAAGGCUGUUGCCAAUGAAUCAGGUUUGAACUUCAUCUCUGUAAAGGGUCCAGAAUUGUUAAACAUGUACGUGGGAGAGAGCGAGCGCGCUGUGAGGCAGGUUUUCCAGAGAGCCCAAAACUCCGCCCCCUGUGUCAUCUUUUUCGAUGAGAUUGAUGCUCUUUGUCCCCGAAGGUCCGACCAUGAGUCAGGGGCAAGCGUGCGUGUGGUCAACCAGCUGCUUACUGAGAUGGAUGGACUGGAGACUCGCAAGCAGGUUUUCAUCAUGGCUGCCACCAACAGGCCAGAUAUUAUGGACCCUGCUAUCCUUCGUCCGGGCCGGUUGGACAAAUUGUUGUACGUUGGGUUGCCCCCUCCCCAAGACAGAUUCGCCAUCCUUCAGACCAUCACCAAAAGUGGUAAGAGGCCUCCGCUGGAACCAGAUGUCAAUCUAGAAGAAAUAGCGCACGAUAAACGAAGUGACUGCUUCACAGGGGCUGACCUGUCCGCUCUGGUCAGAGAGGCUUCUAUCAAUGCUCUGCGGGGACACCUCUGUCUCCAGACUCCUGCAGCAACCAACGCUCCAGUGGCUGAGAUCACGGUUAGCCGGCAGAACUUUGAAGAUGCUUUUAAGAAAGUGAAACCGUCCGUAUUAAAAAGGGACCAGCUAAUGUAUGACUUGUUGAAGGAGUCGCUGUGUGGAUGAAACAAUAAACAGCAAAACUGGACUUAAUAAAAGGAGCUUUAUAUCGCGUCCCAGGGUUCUGUCUCAGAGAG